GUACCAUGCUCAGUGUAAUUAUACAUAGGUAAUCACCGUUACAUAAUUAGACAUGUCUCCUCUAGUCCUCCUACGGCCAGGCUCAAUAGAGUGGGGACGGUAAAAGGCCCACAAAAAAGCUGAAGCAUUACCUUUAGUUAAAAGACGCUAUGGAUUGAAGCCACCCCGCAUCUCACGCGCACGGCGGGCAGCGCAUGCCAACACGUGGCGUAGGCUCGGACCCGAAUAGUUCAUUCAAUCCAGCAGCAGAACAAUCGAGUUGCGUCCGCCCCUUGCCCCCUCCCUCUCCGUCUCCGAUUCUGGAUCUGCCCAUGCCGUAACCCGCAGGCUCCCGGCAUCUCGUUCUCGCCUCCAAAAUUCACCUUCGCCGAUUGCCGCCGUGGGCCGCCGCGACGGCGUUGCGGACGCCUCGUACCACCUCCGUCGCAUUCUCCGCUGACUCCCCCCUCGGUGGCGUCCCACUGCGCUCCUCAACAGCCUGCUCCAUUCCCACGCCACCUCCUCUCGCUCCGCUGCGACCACCGAGGACCACCAGAGCGGGACGCCGCGGAACUCGUCGGCCACGUCCUGGCCGUCGCGCAUGCUGACGACGAGGCCGUUGCCCUCCCGGGCACCCUCGACGCGGAGCUCGCGCGCGUCCUGCGAGCGCACGGCGCCGCUCAGGUACGCCUUCACCUCCUCGUAGGUGCUGUCGUUGUCGGAGACGGGGCCGUAGCGUGAGUAGCGCACCUCGCCGCCGGGCUCCGAGAUGUCGAUGGUCACGUAGGGGUCCACGACGUUGAGUAGGCGGCGGGCGCGCCGGCGGAGGAACAGGUUGAGGUAGGUCCAGAACAGAGGACAGGGAGGGACCUAAAAAUCAAGCCCAAAGGCCCAAAGCCCGAAGUUUCUUUUCUUCCCCGCAAAGAAAGAAGGCAAGAGUUCUCGGCUUCUCGCAAGUCGCGACAGAGAAAGAGGCGGAGUUGCGGAGAAGAUGCAGAGCAGCAGCAUGAAGAGGGAGAUCAGCGAGGCCCACAACACCAUUCGCUUCGGCAUCAACGCUGGCGUCAAAGCGGACCUUGCCCCGCCGCACCCGCUCCAGUCUACCAUCCAAUCGGUAAGGAUUCGUCGCUCUCCUUCGUUUCGUGGUUCACGCGUGGUGUCGCAUCGGGCGGCUCGACGAGGCGGACAAAGCCGGUGGCCAGUGCGUCCACCACCUAGGGGCGCGACCGACUCGUCUUCCCCACCGGUCUGGUGCUCCAUGGAGGUGGCUGUCUCCAUUGGUACCACGCAGGGCCAGGCUUGUUCCACUGGCUGCAGCGUGGACAAUGACGUGAAGCCGAAGCUCUAGACGGCGAUCAAAGCAGAGGAGGAACACCAGCUGAGACUACUCUACACCCGAGUGUCACAGUGGUGGCCCAUGAAUACGCAGGCUGGAGCUGCGAUCUCGUCGCAGACCAUGGGUGCAAUGGGUGCAGAGACAUGAUACAAGUGCAGACUUAGGUGGAUGGUUCUAAAUGUUCACGGCAAAAAAAUGUGUGGCGCAUGGGUUUCUAUCCUGAGGGUGCGCAGAUCGGUCGCCAUUAGAAAGAUGCAGCUUCAACUACUUUGGACCAGGUGCAAACUCAUGGCAGUUCUGAUAGGGCACCCUACACAAAUCUGGAGUUUGAACACACGACAGGUGAUAUGCUUAUCUUUUGUGGAUGGACUGUUCGCUUGGCUUUUGCUGAUUGAAUUGGAGCUGCACUUGUAGUUUGGUAAUGUUUAUAUACAUAACUAUGCGGAUUGCGUUAGCUAGAAUAUGUCUUCCAGUACCAGGGUGAGUGGGUGACAAUGGGCUCUAAAUUUUACACUAAAAUUUAAGAAUCCGAUCGGGUUAUGAUCAGGUUAUAUUUAUAUUUAUUAUUGAACUAAAAUUAAUUUAGGGCUCUAACAAAUUGUGGAGAAACAUUUUGAAUCGUGAUCCAUUAUCACCCCUACCAGUACCACAUACAUACCUCCCGUUGUGGUGUUUAACCCUACGUGCAGACCUUGUCACCUUAUUUUGGAUCGAUUCCCUGUUGUAUGUGGCUUGUGCUAAAACAAGAAACACUUGCAACUUUACUAGAAAUUAUGGUCAGACUCUCUUUCUCUGUGUUCGUUUGAUUGUUGCUCUGGCUGUCUCCUGCUAACCAAUUUUGUGGGAAAUUCAACCUUUGAAGCAUCAAUGUGGUGAAUAAUUUCUCAAACCCUCAGUAUGUUUUCCCUAAUGCUGGAUAAGGCGCUCUCAAAAAGGUCAGUUCCUAUUUGAUGGUGCAUUCAUUAUUUGGUUGUGCAUGGUUAAUGGUGCCAUCUUUCUUGUAUGAAUGCCUGGGACUCGGCCACGACCUCUGGGUGCACCUCUUCACCACCAGCGAGGCUGUGGUCAGCGCCUUCGCCUCCAUGACGCCGAUGCUCAUCGGCUCCGUCGUGCUGGACUCCACGCAGGGGGUACUCUGCGGCGUCGCCAGGGGCUGCAGGUGGCAGCACCUGGCGGCGUGGACCAACCUGGUGGCCUUCUAUGUCAUCGGCUUGCCGCUCGCCAUCCUUUUCGGAUUCACGCUCGCCUUCCAAACCAAGGGGCUGUGGAUGGGGCAGAUAUGCAGCCUCCUCUGCCAGAACUACGUCCUCUUUUUUAUCACCCUGUGAACCAACUGGCAGGAGUUAGACCUGACCAUGUUCAACAAGGACAACGAUUUUGUGUGCUAGGAAUCUAGAAAGAGUUUUUAUUUUCUUUUUUGCCAUGUGCUGUUGCUGAAACAUUGAACCAUCAGCAUCAGGCUUCGACAGAGCUGUCUGGUGUUUGCUCAUCAAUUCAUCAUCAGUGUAAUACUACAGAUUAUAACAUUUGGAAUCUCGAAGAUAGGAAUUAAAAAUGUUCUGAUACGCCAAUAUAGCUGACGCUUUGUUGAACCAAUUGUGGUAUAAGAGGACAUGACAAGCCCAAAUUGGUGGGGAUCCGUUAGAACCAAUUGUGGAAACAGCCCAGCAGGCAGCAGAAACGCCUAGAAAACAUUCCAAGGCCCCAGUCCACCGUUGUUUUGCUCGUACUAAGCCUGGACGGAUCACAAAAGGCAAAUCCGGACGCUUUGGCCACCAUCAUAUCUGCACAGCGAAAAGGGAGCGAAAUGAGACAGUCGGCAUCGCCGUCUUUGGAGGGUGAUGGAGUGUGGAGCGCCGAAAUCAGAGAUGAUUUCCCGGUGCAGCUGCUAUGUUAAUCCCAUGCCUAAGACGAUCUUCAGGGGAGCGUGUAUAUAAGUGUGUAAAAAUACUAUUUUAUAUUAUAGGUUGUAUUGUUUAUUGUGUGGAGUUUGAAAUAGAGAUUGAGAUAAACAAUAGAUACGGAGAGAUACCUAACAUUAGUCGCUACAGUGAAAGAUGGACGGGCCGGAGCUGGGAGGGACUGGGAGCUUCCGCCACCGUCGGUCCGUGGCUACUCGGCGCUAGCUCCGGCGGCAACCCAAGCAAAGUAUAUGUUAUAGUGAAGUCGUAAGAUACCGAUCCCUGAUGAUUCCCGCACGUAAUGAACUUGAAAGAAGAAACCGGAAGAAUGAUCGUUAUUCCAAAUAGAAGGAUUAAAUUAGUCUCAUUUAGUCCUUAUUUUUUACCAAACAGAAGGAUUAAAUUAGACACUAGUUCUUCACAUGGGUGCUAAAAGGGACUAAAGGACAACAUUUACUCCAAUUGCCUUUCUCUAGAAAAUUGACGUCAUACAUAGGAAACAAGAAAAUGAGUAUUUCGGUCUUAUGUGUUGCAUUUAAUAUAUUUUGAAUUUGUUUAGCCAUUAUAACUAAACAGGAUAGGGACUAAAGUUUAGUUCUAUGACUAAUGAAACCAGACCUUAACAUUACUAUAAAACUCAAAGGAGGACACUUGACGGCUGGACCAUAAAACCUGCCAUCCUCAACAUCUAAUUAUCUCGGCUACAAUCAGAAUUUUACAUGGCAAGGUGUGUUUUUUUUUUUAUUUAUUCCAGCAUCUUUGUAGGGCAACGUGCUUUUUUUCCAGCUAACUUGCAAAAUUCUGGCAGCAGGCCAUUUUCUCAUCGACGCAGACACCAACUUUGCGAAAUCUAGAAAAAACAAACACACAACCUCGUACGGGGGAGCUCUGCAGAUAUUGAACGGCAAAGCCAAACAUUCUCCGCAAUCCCGAUGCCCUCGAACUGAUCUGAUGCGCGAUCAUGGAUGCAGCCCGACAUGAAGAAUUCUUUCACCUGCAAAGUAAAACAGCUAGCUUUCCUCCUCCGGAGCUGCGCUAGAUAGAUCUUCACGCACCCCCCCUCCCGCUCUCCUGAUCCACCAGCGAGCGCGCCUUUCGCUUUGCCCAGCCGUGCAUUUCUUUGCCAUAUGUUAACGGCUCGAAUCCUCCCCUCCCAAGUUUCCUCUUAUUCCUUGUCGCUCGCUCUCUCUCUCUUUCUCUCUCCCCCCCUGCCGCGGAAGGAACCUGUGAUUCGACGUGCUGGCGUCGUCACGUUUAUAUAUAUACGCCAUGGACGAAGAGAAAGCACGGCCCUACUUUACACCUCUUCUUCGUGCGGUAGCUGUCCACACCGCAUCGCACGCUGCUGGGGUUUCGCUUGCAUUGGGUUCUUGUGGAGACGAAAUGGGUCAGAGGCUGCUCGACCGCUUGGCGGGCUUCCUUCUUGUCGUCGUCGUCGUCGUUGUCCUCUAUGGCGCACCUUCCAUGUGGUCACAAUAGGAACAGAGCAGCGGAUAGCAGAGGCGGCGGAUGGAGCGAACCCGCACAGGCUGCUGGCCACCGUCUCGGUGUCCAAGCCGUCGUACCCCACGGUUGUCACCACGCCGAUGUCAGCCUACGGCGCCGACCCGGCCUCCAAGCCGUCCUACUCCACGUUCCCGUCGCUGGCGACCGGGAACGGCGGUGCCGGUGCCGGUGCCGGUGCAGGCGGUGGUGGUGCAGCUGCAGGCAGUGGCGGGGGCGGCGGGACGUGGUGCGUGGCCAGCCAGAGCGCCAGCCCGACCGCGCUGCAGGUCGCGCUGGACUACGCCUGCGGCUACGGCGCGGACUGCUCCGCGAUCCAGCAGGGCGGGAGCUGCUUCAACCCGGACACCGUCCACGACCACGCGUCCUACGCCUUCAACAGCUACUACCAGAAGAACCCCGCCCCGACCAGCUGCGACUUCGGCGGCACGGCCACCAUCACCAACACCGAUCCCAGUAAGCAAGCUCACCGCCAUGACCGCAUUUCUUGGCGAAGUAUUUUAUCAGUAGACAACCUCUUACUACAAAUAUUUGUGUAUCUCACCCUCUCAAGAAUUUCCUUCCGGCUUGCAGGUUCAGGGUCGUGCCAGUACCCAUCAUCAAGGUACGCGCUCGUUCUGCGUCCACGCGAAUCCAACUCAUCCAAGCAAAGAACAAAAACAAAACCUGACUGCUAUUCGAAACGGUGGCUAAAAAUUUGUUAUCUUGUGGAAUGGCAGCGGCGGCGGCGGCGCUCAGAACAUGGUGCCCCCGCCAUCCCCGACGACGACCAUGCCGCCGACAGUCCCCAGUACCGUCCCGAUGACCCCGACGCCGACGGCGCCGGACACCGGUACCCCGGUCUACGGGCUGUCCCCGCCCGACUACAGCGGCUCAACUUCCCCUCCCGGCUACGGAUCGACGUCUCCCCCGGACUACAACGACGUCAGCGCCGCCGCCGCGAGGGUGAGGCAGCAGGGCGGCGCGGCGCUGGCGCUGACGCUUCUGUGCGUCGUCGUCGCGACAGUGUCGCUGCGCGUCUCCAAAUGAGAGCGCGCGGAGCUAGGUGGAGAUUAUACAGGGCGGUCUCAGGCGAGACGUACGUUACGUGGCGCGCCCCGUACGUGGUGGCUGGCUGAAAGACGCAGAGGUCCGUCGUCGCCGUGGACCGACGGUGGUGUGGUGCCCGGCCAGCCGGGGGGAGCUUCCGAGCAGAGUCGCAAGUCUGCUUACUGUUGUAUAAGAAAUGUGACGAGCUUCCUAGCAACGCCUAUAAUAUAGGCCAUUCCACUGUUGUACUUAGGAGUAUGUCAGAAAAUUCUUUUCUUUGCUCUCUCCGUUUGCUCAUGCUGAAUAAUAUAGUUAUGAUAAAGUAAGGAGCGAACAAUUAAGCUUUGAAGUAGCUGUAGCUUGCGAUUUUGUUACUAGGAUUUAAUCUCCGUUUUAGGGAGAAUCGGAAAUUAAAGGGUGUUUGAUUUAAG